CACUCCCAACUACCACAACACUCCUAACUACCACAACCACAGUGCCAAAAACUACCACAACCACAACACCCAAAGCUACCACAGUCACAAUGCCGACAACUACUCCAACCACAAUGCCUGCAACUACCACAACCACAACAACCCCAAGUAACACAACCGUAAAGCCAACAACUACCAAAACCACAACACCCACAACUACAACCACAACACCCACAACUACAACUACCACCCCAAAACCUACAACCUCAACCUCAGAUCCUGUAUUUAUUGACACAACAGUUUCUACAGUUCCAGUGUCUUCCUCAUUUUCAAGCAGAACAACUAUUGAAACCCCACUGGCUUCACCCACCAAGGACAGUUCAAAGAGAAAUGGUAGUGAUAUUUACACAACCGAUGGAAGAGGAGAUCCCACACCUAACCCAACAGCAGCAACACAAACUACUACCAUAAAUGACAAACAUACAAUGACAACAGACCGGCAUGGUACUGUAACUCAAGCCCCUCUUUAUCCAUCAACAUCUGGCAGUGGUGGCAGUGGUGGCAGUGGCGGCAGCAGCACCAACGACUGGGUACCUGGAUGGGGCAUUGCUCUUUUAGUAUUAGCUGCCGUCAUCUUGUUGCUGCUCAUAAUCAUCUUUAUCAUGAUGGUGGUCCGUUGGUGCUGUAAGAGACCAGAGAAAGAUUACAUGGAUACCACUGAAGAUCCAUAUUAUAAUCAGAAUAAACAACCUCCCCAGGAAUCUCUGCCAGUGUACUCUCCGCAAUCCCCGGUGGAAAAGAAACCACCGUCAACCCCAGUCAUCGUUGGGGACACACCCAAAAAGAACAGAACAGGCUUCUAUGCAGUAAACCCCUGAGAUUCUUUGGAUGAAUGGAAGACAUGUGGUGACAGGCAGCCUGUAAUCAGCGAAUGACUGGUAGAAAAAGCUGGACUCCAUCAACAGCGAAAACACCACUGUACAAUGUACAUAGCAUAUUUUAAAUCUAUUGAUGAAUGAACAAAAUCACAAUAUAUGUUAUUUAUUAUACUGCUGUUUUUAUUGUUUGUCAUAUUUCGGUUUGAUACUUUUCGUCUCAUAUUUCAUAUGAUUCUGUCAAUAUACAGUAAAUACACAUCUAUACAGAUCAAUGAAAUCGGUAUCCGUACUGUAAUUAUUUAAUACAAAAUGCUGAUGAAUUUUGCCAAAUUUAUGAUGUCUUUAGCAUGUAAUAAUGAAAUGCCAAGUAAUAAAGACAGAUUUAACA